AGGCUUGUUUUGUUGUUUUUGUUUUUGGGGGGAGGGUCAACCUCUAAGCAAUGAAUUGUUUUAGUGCAUACAUUUUGAAAUAUUUCCAGUGCUUCAACUGCUUGAAGGACAAGAAGCAAACACCACACGAUAAAUUCCAUGCGCUCAAAAAUAAAGAUCCAAAGCAAUUGAAGGGAUAUAUACACUCGGAACCCAAUAUAGUAAUAGUCGGAGCUGGCGCCGCGGGCUUAGCGUGCGCUGUGGAAUUGAAGGCGCAUGGAUUCGAAAGUGUGCGCAUAUUGGAGUCGUCGGGUCGUGUGGGCGGACGCAUACGCACUAUGAAGUUUGCGGAUAAUUAUGUGGACUUGGGUGCACAGUGGGUGCAUGGAGAGCGUCAGAAUAUUGUCUUUCAGAUGGCCAAGGGUAAGGAGCUGAUGGGCUCAACGCGUGAGCUGUUUUUGCGCUUGGAGUGGAUACGCUCCAAUGGACAGCGACUGACGAAAUCUCUGUCUAAGAAGCUGCUCAAUGUGAUGACCCACAUCUUUCAAAUGCGACAUAAGGAUCUGGCCGAGUUCAAUGGCACGUUUGGUGAAUAUUUGGUGGACAAGUUUACGGAGGAAAUGUCGGAGCCGAGUGCGCAGAAAAUCGAUCGCGAGGUGGCGGCGGAAUUUCUGCGCACCUUCAAAAAAAUGGAAGGCUCAGCUGUGGACACGGACAUGUCUGCGGCUGGCUUCGAGGACUUUCAUGCCUGCCACGGCGACAGCCUCAUUAACUUUCGCAAUAAGGGCUAUCGAGCAUUUCUGCAUUUGCUGGUGGAGGGCGAUGACAUGAACGAGCUGGGCCUGCUGAAGGAUUGCGUGGAGUUCAAUGCGUGCGUAACCAAAAUCGACUGGGAUCGCCUGGACGGCACAGUGCAGCUGAUAACGGAUAAGGGUAUAACGUAUGAGGCGGAUCAUGUGGUUGUCACUGUCUCCCUGGGCGUGCUCAAGCAGAAUCCGCAACUCUUUGAGCCGCGCUUGCCGCUGCCCAAGCUGAGGGCCAUCAAUUUUAUGGGCUUUGGCACAGUUACCAAAAUAUUUGUAGAGUUCAAUGAGCCCUUCUGGCAGGACAACUGGCCAGGCUUUAAUGCCAUGUGGCGCACCGAUGAUAUGUAUCAGCCGCAGCUGGAGUGGGUGGCCGACAUCUAUGGCUUUCAUCGCUAUCCCUUUCAGCCGCGUGUGCUGCUGGGCUGGGCCGCCGGCCCACACACCGACACCAUCGAGAGCAUCGAUAGCAAAAUGCUGGCGCAGGGGGUGCUCUACAUGCUGCGCCGCUUUCUGCCCAAGCUGAAGAUACCGCAACCCAAGCUGGUGACCACCAGCAAAUGGAGCAAGGACCCAGCAUACUUGGGUGGCUACUCCUAUCCCACAUUGCUGUCCAAAAGCUAUAACGUAAGCGCCAUGGAUCUGCUACAGCCUUGCAAUCUGAUGGCCUAUGAGUCCUACGAAUUGCAACAAUCCUUUGUCAGCAUAAUGCCCAUGACAGUGCGUCCCAUACUAUUGUUUGCUGGCGAGGCCACCAGUCCGCAUCAUUUCUCCACUGUGCAUGGCGCUGUCGAGACGGGUCUACGUGAGGCUCGACGCCUUAUCGGCUACUAUAUGAAGGACAACUACUAAACCGAGUCGAAUUUUCAAUUGCAUGUAUAUAUUUUUUUAAUUAAAUGCUUGACACUUUGCCUG